GCGUAUGAAGUCAGUACCUUCUACACCAUUUUUAUAUCAAUAUGUCUGGGUCUGGAACUUCAUGUGCCGUCAUCGGCUGUCACAACAAUACCAAAAAACUGAAGGUUUGGAAAAAGUCCGUAUGCGAGACACACAGUCCACAACUAAAGGAGGAUUGCCCUUGUUGUAAACCCUAUGGUUUACACCGCUUCCCUGGCCGUGCUGUGGACGAUGGUAUUCGGAAGAUCUGGAUAAAAAACAUACACAGAAAGGACUUUGCCCCAAAUAAAUACUCAACUGUGUGUGGAGUACACUUCCCUGAUGGCAGACCAACGAAGAAACACCCAUAUCCUGUAUUGAAUAUGGGAUAUGAAUAUAGUAAAACACCAUCAUGUGGAGGACCACCCCCAAAGAGGAGAUGUCUCCAGCCCCCAACAGAGAGACCAUGUGAUGAGCCUCCUGUGACGCAUUCUGCCACCGAAGUAGGGCAUGGCUUGGAGGAUAGUCUGCCUCAACACCAAUGUGAUGUUGGCACUCCGUGGCCAGAGCGUAGUGAUCAUGAUUAUUGUUCGAAGAAGUCAACAAAAGAUGCAAGCACACAAACAUAUCCUACAUCAUCACUGUCAGUGCAUGACUUGGAUGACAAAAUGUCAAAGGUUUACACUGGCCUAGACAUCAUCAGCUUUUGGCAACUUUUCAACACCAUCAUAGGCUUUCUUCCACAGUCAAAGACAUUCGAAUUACCAGUCCAUGAUCAGCUACUACUGGCCCUAAUGAGGCUUCGGCUCGGCUUAAAGUUCACCGAUUUGGGCAUGCGAUUUGGGAUCAGCAGGACUACAGCCUGUGAUAUGUUCGCAAUGUGGAGAGCAACACUUGCCAAUUUCAUGAGGGACAAACUUAUUUUUUGGCCCCCUCGAGACACUCUGAAAAGAGUAAGACCAUCAAGUUUUCGUGAUAAUUAUCCCAAUGCAACAUGCAUCAUAGAUUGCACUGAAGUAUUUGUUCAAAGACCGAAGAACUUUGGGAAACGAGCAAAAUCAUACAGCAACUACAAGCAUCACAAUACCUACAAAGUCCUCUAUUGCAUAGCCCCCAAUGGUUUUGUGAUGUAUGUGUCAAAACUGUUUGAUGGCAGAGCUAGUGACACUUAUAUCACAAAACACUGUGGAUUUCUGUCCCAUUUGAUUUCUGGUGAUCAGAUUUUGACAGACCGUGGAUUCACAAUUGGCGAUGAUCUUCCUCCAGGAGUAAAAUUAGCUGUUCCCUUUACACGUGGGUGUAUACAACUGUCAGAACAUGAAGUCACAAGAACCCGCCGUCUGGCCAUUGUCAGAAUUCAUGUUGAACGUGUAAGAAGAAGGUUAAAAUGCUUCAAAAUUUUGAGUAAUGUAUUUUCAGGUUGUUUAACAGAUGUUGAUGACAUUUUGACUAUUUGUGCAGGCCUGUGUAACCUGCAAGCUUCAUUGAUAAAGGUGACAGAUGGAGAUGAUGAUGAGGAAUUUGAAAUUGGUGAGGGUUUUGAAUUUGAUGAUGAUGAUGAUGAUGACGACGACGACGACGACGAAGAUGAUGAUGAUGAUGAUGAAUACUAGUGGGACAUUGGAGAGGACCCAUGUUGAAAAAGUAACACUAAUAUUACAGAUGAGCACACAAACGGUCUACUUUUAUUUUUAAAGAGCAGUUAUAAGUAUAAAUAUAACUAGUAACUGAUAAUCCUCAGAUUGACUCUGACUUUCAAGUGUGAGUACUGUACAGUACGUUAUUGAUGCAAUGGUUUUAUUUACACGAGAUGUUGAGAACUUGUGAAUAAUCUUCAUGGUAUGUACAGAUGUAGAAUGUAUGUAAUAUGUAGGUCUAUGUAGAUUUCAUUUAUUUCAACACACUGAUUUUUUUAACUCCAUGUACAAGUAUGUUUGGCAAAAUGCCAUUAAAGUCAAAGGAAAACUA